AGUGGAUAUGCUGGAGUGGGGAUUGGCUCAACGAGCGUUGACGAAUUCCUGAUAAGAGAAUCGCGCUGGCGACAACGCGCACCCCUCGCCGGUCCACGUCAGCAACAUGCGGCCGCUGUUGUGAAGCAGGAUGCCGCCGCCGCUGAUCAGAAGGGCCUCGAAAAAGCACUGCUUGGUGUUUUUAGUGGAUCAUGCCAGGAAGAGGAAACCGGUGUCGUCCUCGCCUCCUGUGAACUUUAUGAUGUCAGUCAGGAUAGGUCAGAGCACUCGCGACGCUCUCCCCCCCCCGCCUAG